AAAACUGUACAAGGUGUAGUUACAAGAUUUUGCCUAGACUACGGGAUGAUAGAUGAUUUAAUUUGUUUCACCAGUGAUGUUGUGAUGAGCAAACUGCCACUGCAAGUUGGACAGAGAGUUGUAGCUCUUGUUGAAGAAGAUAAAACAUCUAAUGGAUUAAAGGCAGUCAGGGUAGAAAGCAUCUGUGAUAAAUGGGAAGAUAGCAGUGCUUAUGAAAUGGACUCUGAUACUAGGACUCUGAUUGGCAAUAUUACAUCUAUAACUGCUGAAGGUGGACAUAUAAAUCAGACAGUCUCCUUCCUUAUGAAAGAUGUUUGUGAAGGCUUUGAUCCUUAUAAAGGAGAUUGGGUGCAAGCAGAAUAUGUUAUAAACCCAGCAACUUGGACCAGUGAAGCAAUUUCUGUAAACCCCUUGAGGUAUAAGAGAAUUGACAAGGUUCAUAUUUCCAGUGUGUGUGGAAAAAUUGGUGUAGUAGAUGACAGUGUAUUUUUCACUCUGGAUUUCCUGAGACUUCCUGAUGGCUAUUUUCCCAAGAAGCAUGAUCUGGUCAAUGUGGUUGUUGUGGAGAGUAAUCAGUCUUGUUAUAUAUGGAGAGCACUCUGUAUGGCUCCAGCAGACACAAAUGGUGUAUCUCUAACCCAAGGAAUCAAUAUGAAUGAACCAUGUGAAAAUGUACUAAUGAAAGACAAAGAAGGUCUCGAGGUGUCACAACUGACAAACUUUGGAAAUGUCAAACUAGGAGAAUGUAAAAGCAUGGAUGUCUGGAUAGAGAACAAAGGGAAAGCAACACAUUCUUUAAUUAGCUGCAAACUAGGUGGCUGGGAUAAAAUGAACCAAUUUAGUCUUCAAGUGCCAGGAAAGGACCAGAAGAGUUCAACAGUAUCUCCAGCAUCAUCUGUAGUUCCUAAAGAAGCUGUUACUGAAUUUGGACCUGUGUACAUAAACAGUGGCGAAAACCAGGACAGUUCUAUUAUCACACAGCCUGAAAAAUUGCGCUGUGAAAAAGCGCGAAAAGAAAAUGAAGAAAAAAAAACUGAUCCCAGCAAAGAUAUCUCUCUGCCUUCUGGGACUAAGAUUUCUAUAGAGAUAUUAUGCACUGCAAAAAACCCUGGACAUUGCAAAGAACUUCUGUUGCUCUGUUUUUCUGACUGUAUUAUUGGUCGCUACAUUGAAGCAACUAUAGUAACCGAAGAAGAGUCACUAAUAGCAGUCUCUAAGCCUUUUUGUCCAAGAAAAUGUCAAGUUACUGCUGAGCAACAGAACAUAAGGACAACAGUGGUUUUAGCACAGUACUGCAAAAGAAGCGUAAGAAGACAGCUACCAAGUUUCAUUCCCCACUACCCCAUUCCAGACAGUUUAAUGAAAUGUGUAGAGAAGAAAUUGGAUAUACUGGUCUUUCACCCGCAUCUUGGAGAGGGCCUGACUCUAGCUAAUUACAAAGCAAAAUUUUCUUCCCUGUUGUGGCUUGAGGAGAUCCAUGAAGAGAUGGAAAUGAAGGAUUUCUCCAUGUAUGGGGUUACCUUAAAAAGGAAUGGGAACUUCCUAGUACUUGAUGUUCCAGGAGUCACAGAGGGUCGCCCUCCGUUAGGUUCAGGUGACAGAGUGAUAUUAAAGACCCAAGAGUACUCGGAGCAAAGGAUCUACUAUAUUGCAUAUAUCACUGAAAUUCAUGAUGAAGAAGUUACUCUGAGGCUUAAUCCUGAGUUUGAAGAAAGAUAUAAUUCUGAACCCAUGGAUGUGGAAUUUCUUGUUAACAGGACUACCAGCCAGAGAUGCCAUUUUGCUGUUGAACAAGCAAUCUAUUUAGGAGAAAAAGUGUUAUUUCCUGAUAGUCUCACUGUACAGUCUCCACAAAUUGUAAAGGAAUGGAACGAUUCUGAAGGUGCUUACAGUGCUCAAAUGCAAACCAUCACACAGGAAGCUAAGAAUGAGAAUGAGAAGAUGCAGAAUAGUAAUGGAAAGAAGAUGCCAAAAUAUAAAAAAGCAGUUGUUUCCGAUGUUGUGACUGUUGCUUCACAAACAAUAAAUGGAAUUGCAUCACCUAAUACAAGAGACUGUGACUUUUUCAACCCUCUGCUGAACAAGCAUCAGAAGCUAGCUGUGAAGAGGAUACUUGGGGGUGAAUGUCGUCCGACUCCUUAUAUUCUCUUUGGGCCACCAGGAACUGGCAAAACUGUCACAGUCAUUGAAGCAGUUUUGCAGAUACAUUACUCGUUACCAGACAGCCGAAUACUAGUUUGUGCUCCAUCAAACAGUGCAACAGAUCUAGUUUGUCAACGACUUCAUGACAGCAAUAUGUUAAAGCCAGGAGUUAUGGUCAGAGUUAAUGCAUCCAGUAGAAACGAAGAGAGUCUUAGUGAAGUAAUAAAGCUUUAUUGCAAAGAUGGAGAAGACAUUUGGCAAGCAUCUCGGUUCAGGAUAAUCAUUGUGACCUGUAGCAGUGCAGCGAUGUUCUACCAAAUAGGAAUAAGGCAGGGACACUUCACACACGUGUUUGUGGAUGAAGCAGGACAGGCAACUGAACCAGAAUGCCUAAUCCCACUGGGACUGAUCUCAGAAAAUACUGGGCAGAUUGUUCUUUCUGGUGAUCCAAUGCAACUAGGCCCAGUAAUAAAAUCCAGGCUUGCUACAGUUUAUGGAUUAAGUGUUUCCCUGCUAGAGAGACUGAUGUGCCGAUCUCUGUAUCAGAGAGAUGAACAUGCUUUUGGUGCUUGUGGAUCAUACAAUCCUCUGCUGAUUACAAAGCUUGUGAAGAAUUAUAGAGCACAUGCUUCACUGCUCACAUUGCCAUCUAGGCUCUUUUACCAUAAGGAGCUAGAGGUCUGUGCUGACUCUUCUGUGGUCAACUCUUUGUUGGGAUGGGAGAAGCUGCCAAGGAAAGGUUUUCCAAUGAUUUUUCAUGGCAUCAGGGGCAAUGAAAUGCGUGAAGGCUACAGUCCUUCUUGGUUCAAUCCCACAGAAGCAGUUCAAGUAGUGCGUUACUGUUGCCUCCUUGCUAAGAGCAUCAGUUAUGCAGUGUCUGAGACUGACAUUGGGGUGAUUACACCUUACCAUAAGCAGGUAGAAAAAAUUAGAAUUCUCUUGCGCAGUGUGAAUCUAAUGGACAUCAAAGUUGGCUCAGUGGAAGAAUUUCAAGGGCAAGAAUUCCUAGUGAUCAUUCUAUCAACAGUCCGGUCAAAUGAAACUUCAUUCAAAGAUGAAAAAUACUUUUUAGGCUUCCUUGCAAAUUCGAAGCGCUUUAAUGUGGCUAUUACAAGACCCAAGGCAUUACUCAUUAUAGUAGGAAAUCCUCAUGUGCUUGUCAAGGAUCCUUGCUUUAAUGCCCUCUUGGAGUACAGUUUGGCAAAUGGAGUUUACAUUGGCUGUAACCUACCAGAAGAACUAGAAAAUCAAAGAGUAUGUGCCUAA